GGGACCGAAAAUAGGCCGUGAGCGAGGGGCGGAAGUUCGCCUGUCCCGCCCCGGGUGCUUCCGGUUUCUCCGCGGAGCUGCCUCGGGGACUCGCUUGGGCUUUUCAUGGAAGAGAUGUCAGGAGAAAGCGUGGUGAGCUCAGCAGUGCCGGCAGCUGCGACUCGCACCACCUCCUUCAAAGGGACCAGCCCGAGCUCCAAGUAUGUCAAGCUGAACAUUGGUGGCGCUCUCUACUACACCACAAUGCAGACCCUGACCAAGCAGGACACCAUGCUUAAGGCCAUGUUCAGUGGCCGCAUGGAGGUUCUCACCGACAGCGAAGGCUGGAUUUUGAUCGACCGCUGUGGCAAACACUUCGGGACAAUAUUAAAUUACCUGCGUGAUGGGGCUGUGCCUCUUCCCGAGAGCCGGAGAGAGAUUGAAGAGCUGCUGGCCGAGGCAAAGUAUUACCUGGUUCAGGGUCUUGUGGAUGAGUGCCAGGCAGCUCUACAGCAGAACAAAGAUGCAUACGAGCCAUUCUGCAAAGUACCAGUCAUCACUUCUUCUAAGGAAGAGCAAAAACUUAUAGCAACAUCCAAUAAGCCAGCAGUAAAGUUGCUGUAUAACAGAAGUAAUAACAAAUAUUCCUACACCAGUAAUUCUGAUGACAACAUGCUGAAGAACAUUGAGCUGUUUGAUAAGCUGUCACUGCGGUUUAACGGGAGAGUCCUCUUUAUUAAGGAUGUGAUAGGAGAUGAGAUUUGCUGCUGGUCUUUCUAUGGACAGGGGCGUAAGAUUGCUGAGGUCUGCUGCACCUCCAUUGUCUACGCUACUGAGAAGAAACAGACAAAGGUGGAGUUCCCAGAAGCCCGAAUUUAUGAAGAGACACUGAACAUUUUGCUUUACGAGGCUCAGGAUGGACGAGGACCUGACAACGCGCUUCUGGAGGCUACGGGAGGGGCAGCAGGCCGCUCUCAUCACCUGGAGGAGGACGAGGAGCGGGAGCGCAUUGAACGUGUGCGAAGGAUUCAUAUUAAGCGUCCAGAUGACAGGGCGCAUCUUCAUCAGUGAGGAGUGAGAGCUGCAGACUGCACAGCCCUCUUGGGAAAGCUGUGGCCUGGCCCUCUCCAUUCUUUACAGCUGAUGACCAGGCAACUUAUUUAUGUUCAGUGAAGUCUAUAAAAUUACAUUUUGUACCAGGCUAGAUUAUUUGGGGGUAUUUAACAGGAAGCAGCGCUGUUAGAGGAAUAAAGAAGGUAUCAAGGGUCAGAUCAAUGCAUUUGGGGUAAUGUCUUUGAAUUUUCAGCACUCUUUCUGCAGUUUUGUGGUUAGAGGAGGAGUGUUCUCGUCCUUCUGCCUUUUAGUAUUUAUUCUGCACUUUCACUAGAAUUUUCAAAGAGUUGUCUACCUUCCCUACAGCCCCACAUUUACUCCAUCCCACCUGAACCUACUGUACAUGAGAAAUGCUAUUCUGUGCCACAGUGAUGCUAAAGAAACUUCAGCACUUUCUCCCCUUGCCUCCCCUCUGGACCUUUAAGGGGGAAAAUAGAAAUGCUUCAGCCUAGCUUUCAGAAGACAAGGUUCUAUGGAUGCUGGCUUCCCUCCAGAAUAGAGUUGCUUUGCAUGGUUUGAAAUAGACUAGUGGUACUCACAAAAAGAAAAGGAGUACUUGUGGCACCUGAGAGCCUAACAACUACUGUUUCGGAGUCAGACCUGCUCUGGUGCUAGGUCUUGCUGGUUGGCAGCGACUCUGGUUUUGUUAUUUAGUGCUGGCAGCUACUCAGGCUCAAGUUCAAAAUUCAGAAAGUAUGUUAAAGUGAGCUGGUUAUGGCAUCCCCCCGGAGCUUAGUAGUAAUGGUUCAGUGAAACUAGUAUGCUAGGGAAUAGUGGAGAACCCUCAGCUGCUUUAUGGCAGGGUUCAAGGGUGGGAGAUAUUUACACUUUGAGGGUUAGGAAAAAGCUACACUUUCAUAACAUUUUGCCUAAGGUGUUUGGGAUAUCUACUGUAGUCAGUCUGUUUAGCAUUUCCACUUAAACCCAGAAUGUAAUUUGAAGGUUCCUGCUAGAUUGUUUUUUUUCCCUACUUUCUCCUGAAACAGGAAUGGUUUUUCUUUACAGCUGCCCUAGAUAACUCCAGCAUGGGCUACUACUAACACCAUGUAAUCCCAGUCUAAAUAUGGAGCUAAUUAGACAUUUGCUCAUAGCUUGAGUUCUAUAAGUGAUACCAGGAGCUUUACCUCUAGUGCUGCUACACUGGUGAGAAAUGGGUGGACAUCCCUUUACGUGUCAGUAUCUCCAGCUAUUCUUCACUGUCUCUUUCACAGCAUAUUCUAGGCCACCUGGAAGAAAAUGGCUAUAAUCAUCUACAGAAUACUAUAUAGACCUUUUCACUCUCUAAGAUUGCUCUUCUAUUGCAAAUAAUGUGUUUUAUCUACCUCCUAGUCUCUUGUUGCGUAGUAGAGUGUUAAGUAGAAGUGAUGGUGGAGGUUCAUAUCAUUCAGAGGGAGUGGAUAUUAAAAAUAGCCAGAGUUUGUUAAUUCUAACAAGCUUUGGAUGGAAUAUAAAGCCUCAUGCUUCAGGGAUUUGAAUGAGACCUUCACAUGGGGCAGAUUGUCCCUCAUCUGUUGUAGAGUUUCUUGCAGCUUCUGCUGAUGCAGCUGGUAUUGGCCUCUUUUGGAGUUUGGGUGGUGGACUAGCUGGACCACCUGUCUUGUGUAGUAAUGGGGCUAGCAGGAAAUCUGAAAAGUAAUGUUAUACUGUAAAAUUAGUAUAGGAGGUCUACUCUAGCCCCAGAUGUCACUUAGCAUUUGUCAGAGGAAUUAGUUUUAAGCAUUAAAGGCAUUACUAUCUUGGUUAGCAUCGCUAUAUGUUGCUCUAAAGUAAUGUUUUGUAGGAAUGGUAUAAGCCAUAUGAACACCUGCUUGUAGGGAUUACUGUACAAUCUCCAUAUUUUGACAACUUUAUUCAAUGGUACAUCACUCUUGUGUAGCUUAAAUACUUCAAGCCUAGGAAAGUGAGUGUGGAGACUGCUUUUCAGAGGCAAUAUCAGCCAAAGAUGAUUUUCAGGGUACAGCUCUGUUUAUAGUGCCUGUCUUCUAGAUCUUCAAAACUUUACUACUAGAAAGAUAAUCUUUAUGUAAAGAGGUCAGUGUGGUAAAGCUAGUUUCAAACCAAACAGUUUAGCAGCUUGAACUAUCACUGUGUGUAACUGACAGAUGUGGGCUUAAAGUGCAAUCAUAUCAGUGUUUUGUACAUAGAUACUGUAAACUCCCUACUUGCCUAAUAUUAGAGAAGCCCUUCUAGAGUCCAGUGUUUAAGCUAGGCUAUUCAUUUUAAUCUCAAGUCUGUACUGACACAGAAAAUGGUGUCAGUCACAGGUACAUGUGACUUUUGAUUUCUUAAAAAACUUGUCACAGUGAAAAGUUGUUUUGUUCCCUGCAGCCUUCAGUGGGGUGGGGGGGACUAGUUAUCUAUUGCAUAGGUUGUUUUAGGUGGGGUGGGGGGGGAAGGAAAGCCUCCACUCUAGUGGACUGCAUACUUCUAUAUUUCCAAUACUCUGUACUUUGAGAUUUUACAUAUUUAAGAAUUUAAGCAAUGCCUUGUUUACUAAAACGCAACUUACCACUGUUACAGGGCUGACUAGUCAGUUGUGUAGAGUGAGUGACAUGAAAUCUACAUUUUCUGUCAAGUGGUCCAAUCUCUCCCUUUGUCUUUGCUAUUGCACCAGGCCAGCUAUGUUUCCAUGGUACAGGUAGCUUCCUUCUCAUUCAGGAAUGUGUAGUGCUAACAACAUUUCCAUUUCUAUUGUGAUAAGCCCAGAGAAGAAGGAAAUACACAAGACUGUAUGUUACACUUUUAGCUUAGUAUAAAUACAGUGGCUUAGAUUGCUAGCCCUUGGUGGUACAAUUUAACCAAAAAAAAAGCUUUCCAGAAACACCCUCUUUCCCCAGCCUUUUUUAAUCUGUCUAGUAGGUGGCACUUCCCCUCCUAAAGAGCUGUUAAUUAACACAGCUUAAGAGGUUUUUGAGAGGUUUUUUUAAAAGCCCUGUUAGAAGGAAGGAUUGAGUUACAGUGACAGCAGUUCAGUACAUUCUUGGUUUAGCCCUCUAAUUGCCUUAGUUAUGCAAUACAAGCAUACCAUUGUCUUGUGUCUGACAGAAGAUAAUGUGCAGUGUGAGAUCUGAUCUGACUAGUUAUAGAUGGGACCACAACUCAUUGCCUGUAUGAAGGCCAUGACCUCAGAGGGGCUCCCUCAUGGAGCAACAUGCAACAAAGCAUCCUCUAUAGUACAAAGCUUAUUAAACAGGGUAGAAGUUUCAACAAAGCCUUAAUUAUGCUGCAGAAUAUUAAAACCACCUGCCAGGGCCUGAAGACUAGUAGAAAGGUGGCCUUUAGACUGUACUGGAAGCCUUGAAUAGAACCCCCUAGCUGUUAGCACACAGCUUUCAUCUUCUACAUACUUUAUGGACACUGACAAGUCAGCCUUAGUGCAAGCUUCACUGUACUUUAAAAUAGAUCUCCCUGACAAAACAGCUGGCUUGAGAUAGUUUCACUAACUUACAGGCUUUCAAUACCAUCCUAAGUUUUACACUUUUCAAUAGUGAGCUGUUCUUUGAGCAGCCUCCUCAAGGUCAAGGGCUCAUAUAGAAAGCCUUUGCCUCUACAACUUUCAUGAGAUGGAGAGAUGCAGUUUUUAUGUAACUAAAGUCACCCCUAUUUGGUAACAAGCAAUAUCUUAUCAACCAGCAGCUGCAAGAGAGCAAGUCAAAGUACAUAACUGUUUCAGGCUCAUGCCCACAUGUCAUUGUUUCCAGCAUGCAAUACAAGCAGGAAUACUGACAGUACAGAGUGCAGCUGAUCAAGUUAUUCAUGGAAAUGUCUUGUCCUUUAAAGGUAGAGCAGUGAAGGUCAGAGCUGCACCUUGUUUUUAAUCUUAAGGCUGGUUCACUGUGUUCUCCAUUCCCUGGGUUACACUGAACGCAUGGCCCUAGUAAACUUGUCUGCUUUGUACAAUCACUGACUUUGUAUAGCUAUGCACAAAAAGCUUAAGCUGGAAUUAUGUAUGGUUGUGUAUGCAGUAUGUACUAUACUUUGGUUUGAUUAUAUGCAAAAUAAAUUAGAAACAUUUCAUAUUUA